UCCACACAAACGCUCACUUCCAAUUUCCUUCCAAGCUUAUCUUCUGCUUAUCCUGCACUUGUGAUGGAUCUUCCUCCUCCACUAUGUCCUGAUGAUGAAAUCUUCCGUGAGAAGGUUCAGAAGAAGAAAACAUGGAAGCAAGAGAUCCUCCUGUCGUUUCAAAUUGUUGGAGUAGUUUAUGGUCAACUUAGCACUGCACCCUUAUAUGUGUUCGGUACAAUGGAUGCGAAAGCUCUUGCAUCGGAGGAGGUCGUUUAUGAACUCUUCUCCUUCAUUUUUUGGACUUUGACAAUCAUUUCUUUGCUUAAGUAUGCCUCUAUAGUGCUCAAGGCUGAUGAUAAAGGAGAGGGUGGUACGUUUGCGUUGUACUCGCUAUUGUGUAGAAAUGCAAAAGUUGGGCUGCUCCCUAGUGAUAGAAGUGCCAAUCAGAUUAUGAAUUGUGAGGGGAGAACUCCUUCAAAGAUCAGAGCAAGAAGGGUCAUUGAGAAAAGCAAGAUCUGUCACUAUUUACUGUUGUUCUUAGCCCUCUUUGGUUCCUGUAUGGCCAUUGGGGAUGCAGUGCUCACUCCAGCUCUUUCAGUGUUUUCAGCUUCAACUGGCGUUCAGAGAUCCUUAUCUGAUAUAAUAGCAGACAUGUAUCCAUCGUCACGCCGUGCUCGCGAGUCGGACACAGUGUCUAAUGCCUUACACAGAUAUGUAACUGUUCCCGCUGCGUGUGCUAUAUUGGUUGGCUUGUUCAUGUUGCAGAACUGUGGGACGCGUAAAAUUGGCUUCAUGUUUGCUCCAAUUAUUUCUGCUUGGCUCUUGUUUAUUGGAGUGGUGGGAAUUUAUAAUAUUUUCCAUUGGGAUGUCAAAAUCAUUUAUAAAAUAUCCCCGGUAUACGUCUUCAAAUUUAUCAGAAAUUUCAAUUAUCACAGAUGGAAAUUGUUAGGAAGCAUCAUUUUAUGCGUGGGAGGAUCAGAGGCAAUGUUUGCAGACCUAGGCCAUUUCUCCAAGAAAUCAAUCAAAAUUACAUUUAUAUGCUUGAUCUACCCGAUUCUUGUUUUAUGCUAUGCCGGUCAGGCUGCAUAUAUCUCCAGGAAUUUAGGUGCUAGAGAUUUCAACCAUUUUAGUCAAUCUAUGCCACGUCAUUAUUGCAAACAUGUGUUCAUAAUAUUAUCCCCACUUGCUUCAGCAGUAGGAAGCCAGGCAACCAUAACAGCGAGUUUCUCCAUCAUCAAACAGUGCUUGGCAUUAAACUGCUUUCCCAGAGUGAAAGUGAUUCACACAUCAAAAACAAUACACGGCCAGAUUUACAUUCCUGAUGUCAACUGGCUACUGAUGAUUCUCAGUCUCACCGUCACAAUUAGUUUCAGAGACAUGGUGAAGAUUGGGUAUGCAGCAGGUUUGGCUAUAAUUUGCGGAAUGCUUGUAACAACUAGUCUCAUGUCACUCAUCAUCUCAUUGUGUUGGGAGAAGAACUUGAGCGUAUCCGCGUGCUUUCUGCUAUGCUUUGGUUUUGUUGAGGUGGUGUAUCUCUCUGCUUGUCUGCUACAGAUUCACAAGGGAGCCUGGUAUCUGCUUGUUCUUUUGACAAUCACAAUGACAAUCAUGCUCUCGUGGCACUAUGGAACUGUCAAGAAGUAUGAGUUUGAUAUGCAAAACAAGGUCUCAACAGAAUGGCUCGUAGAUGUGAGUCCGGGUCUCGGGAUCGCCAGGGUGCCUGGGAUUGGCUUUAUCUACACCGACAUUGUAGCAGGAAUCCCAGCUUUCUUCUCACACUUCAUUACUAAUCUUCCCGCGUUCCAUCAAGUCCUGAUCAUGGUAUCCUUCAAGUCUAUGCCGGUGCCUUAUGUCUCCGAAGGCGAAAGGUAUCUCAUAGGCCGGAUUGGCCCAAAAGAUUACAAGAUUUACCGCUGCAUCGUCAGAUAUGGAUACUGCGAUCACAUCAGGGAUACUGGCGACUUUGAGGAGCACAUCAUUCGUUCCAUAGGGGAAUUCAUUUCCAUUGAGGAGAGAGAUAUUGAAUCCGUGGAUGCCGCCACCGCCACAAAUGAAAGAAUGAUUGUUGUAGGGAAUUCUUCAACAACGCAUGAACAUAACAAUGCUCUAGUUCCUCUGGAUGCAUAUGAGGAUCCAGCGGUGAACAAUGAAUCUCAGAUCAGUCCAGUUCCUGACACGGAGGGUACAAGCAAGAAGAAGCGAAAGAAGGUUCGGUUCAUGCUGCCUGUUAAUAGUCCUAAAAUAAUGCAGCCAUGUGUGAGGAAGGAACUUUUGGACCUAAUUGAUGCCAGGGAGAGCGGUAGUGCCUAUUUCUUGGGCCAAUCGCACCUAGUGGUGCGUGACGGCUCAAACUUUCUUAAGAGAUUCUUAAUCAUGGUCUAUCGUUUUAGUGAGAAAAACUGUCGAGAGCCUCCCGUAGCUCUCAAAAUCCCUCAUGCUGCUCUUGUAGAAGUUGGUAUGGUAUGUACUAUAUAGAACACAUACAGAUCAACAACCUACACUGUUUUCGCUAUUUUAUUAGGAGGAGCGCGCGAGCAGCUGCCUUGCAAACAAGAACCUCUUAUCCCUGCAACUGUAAUAUGCAUGAAAGGGAUGGUUACUUGCUUCCGCCAAGAUAUCUUCAUAGAAAAAGUCGUUUUUAUACAAACUCCUUUUGUUAAUGUCACGACCCGGCUAAAGGUUAUGCACGUAUAUAUUUGACUACUUGUUAGUUCAUUAGUUGUUACCCGAACAAAAUAAAAU